AUGGCCAACGGUAGCAAGAGCAAAGAAUUACCGGUUGUGAUUAUAGGAGCGGGUAUUUCAGGAAUAUGUAUGGCAGUUGACCUAAUACGUCGUAAUGGGACUCGAAAUUUCAUCAUACUUGAAAAGGCGAGCGAGGCUGGAGGCACCUGGAAGGACAAUCCAUGGAGCCAUCUAUAUUCAUUUUCGUUUAAUCCAAAUCCAGAUUGGAUGAGCAGUUUUGCUGCACGGGGAGAGAUCCACGCGUACCUUAUCAACACUAUUCGCCGGUGGGAUCUUUUUAAGCACAUUGUGUUCAAUACUACCGUUGAAAGUGCCGAAUGGAAUGGUGCCGGUAAGGUAUGGCGGAUAGCAGUCACACCUACGAGAAUUGAUAAGGAAACUGAGUGCCACCAAGAGACAAUCAUCACUCCUUUUCUUGUUCCAGCCGUGGGACAGCUCAACGUACCAUUCAUCCCCAAUAUCUCUGGGCUUGAUGACUUCAAAGGAAAGCUCAUGCAUUCUUCCAGAUGGGAUCAAAGUCAAGAACUCAAAGGCAAAAGGAUUGCUAUCAUCGGAAACGGAGCAACAGGCAUUCAGUUAAUUCCAGAAAUCGCGAAAGUUGCAUCGCAUCUUACAGUCUUUCAACGCACGCCUAAUUGGGUUUUACCAAAAAAUAACCAGGAUAUUUCUCUUACCCAAAGGCUGAUAUAUAGAUUCUUCCCACAAGUUCGUCAGCGUUAUCGAGAGAGAUUAAUGAUCUCUCAAGACCAGGUUCAUGAGAUGAUCGUCAGUGAAGAAGUCCGCAACAUUGUGAGGAAUAUCAGUCUGGAUAUGAUGAAACAUCAAAUCCCAGAUAAUGAGAAGUUGCGCGACAGACUGACCCCUAAUUACCCGUAUGGAUGCAAAAGGGUCCUCUUGAGCGAUGCAUUUUUUCCUACCAUGAAUCGACCGAAUGUUACGUUAGAAACCAGGCCAGUGGAUUGCAUAACUUCAAGCGGUAUUCUUAUCGACGGCGAAGAAUUUGAUUUUGACAUCAUAAUUCUAGCCACUGGGUUUCGUACAACAGAAUUUAUGCAUGACAUCAAUAUAGUAGGCAUCGAUGGAAGACACAUCAGAGAUAUCUGGCGUCAAGGGGGUCGUGCUUACCUUGGAAUGACGGUCGAAUUUCUUCCAAACUUUGCCAUGCUUUACGGGCCCAAUUCGAAUCUUAGCCAUUCGUCCGUGAUCCUGAUGAUCGAGGCGCAAGCUCGGUAUAUCAGCGCCAUGAUCGAGGCUGUGCAGUGGGCAGUAGCAAAGGCUGGAAAGCUCGUCUUGACCGUAAAAUUAGAGAGAAUAGAAGCUUUUAACGAGGAGUUGCAGCUACAGCUUCGCGAGACGGUUUUCGCACAUCCUGGCUGUCAUAGUUGGUAUAAAACGAAAGACAACAUUGUGACUAACAAUUGGCCCGGAAGAGCAGCAGAAUACCAGCAGUUAUUGACGACUAUGAAUUGGAACGACUAUGAAGUAUCUGGGACUUGGCCUAAGGGUUCCUCAAAGACAGCCAUUUAUGAAGAUGAUGUCUUCCGUUAUCACAUGAUGUCGGAUUUCAUGGAGAAUCCUGUCAAUCCAUAUCAUCUUACUUAG